AUGUAUCGUCUAGGCGGCAUGCCAUACGCUCUGAAUGUUUGGAUAUAUGAAUGUGUAUCUCAAGUUCCCUCUGAAAUUGCUGUAAGAGUGGGUAAUAAAAUUCCCAGAAUUCUUAACUGGCGUGUUGUCGCCGUGAAGCCAAAAUUUGAGACCUUCAUGUCUACCAUUUUCAGUGAGUAUCCAUGCUCCAACAUUGUCCAAUCUCAACAUGAAAUGGAAUCUAUUGUCGUUCAUGACAACCAACAGAAAUCCGAAGCUUCAACAUCGGCUGCCAAGGUCAAUUUCAGAAAACCUCAUGAAGUACCUGGAUUUGAGGACUUUUCAACAACACCACCCACAGAAUUAUUAAAGAGAUCCAGGGAUGUCGCUGAUACAUCUUCUCCACCUCCUUUCAAGAGAAUGAAGACUUUCCCUGCUAAAAAGCCAAUUCAAGUAGAAACAGCCAACAUGCACAAAGAUUUCAUACCACCAAAUGAAUCAGAAAAGCCUGUUUCUCCUGACAAUGAACCAGGGGCGAAGUCACCAAAUGAAUCAGAAAAGACUGUUUCUCCUGACAAUGUACCAGGGGCGAAGUCAGCUGUAGGAGGUGAAUCUUCUGGUCAUUCGGAUCAAAUUAUUCAUAUGCAAUUCAAAGCAUUGAAGAAGUCCAUAAAGAAGUUUCUAAAGAGAUACGUUGACCGGAAGUUCAAGCGUUUGGAGAAUAAAAUGGAUUCAAAUCACAUUGAUCUUUUGAAAGCCAUCGACAGUAUGGGACCUGAACCAUCCACCAUGAUAAAUCAGGUGGACAAUAUAUCGGAACAAAGCAUUUCAGCAGAUGUUCCUGAAUUAUUUGAUCAGCAAGUUUAUUCUGAUACAUUAAAGGGUGUAUCAGCACACCAAAUGGAACCACAAAGAGCAGAUACUGAUCAGCUUAUUGCUGAUUCUGAUACAUUACAAAACACUGGAAAGAAAGAUGGAAGAGUAGCCGAUGUUAAAACUGACAAAGUAGAAGAGCAAGUUGAGGAGAUUGAAAAAGAAAAAAUCAAACCAAGCACAUCAGAAUCCAAUACUUCAGCACCAUUUUCGACCGAAACUCUGAAUGUGAUAGAUGCUCUAAUAUACGGACUUCCAUUACCAGCUAUGCCAUUGACAGCUGUUAGUCAUGAGCAAGUUCAGGAUGAAUGUCUAUUACGCGAUAGCCAACUACCAACCACUCUUCCAUCAAAAGCUAAUGUAUUGUCUGACGAUGCGAAGACACCAUUUCGAAGAAGCAGGAUUCCUUCGAAGAUCUUACAGUCGCCUUAUCUUUCAAACUUUGGGUCGAGUGAAAAGGGAAAGGAAAAUUUAUCAGCUGUUAUGCAUCAGACACACCCUUUUGAAGGUUUUGGUAUAUGCUAUCAUCCCCCAUCCGAACUUGUCACAGACUACUCUCAAUGGAUAGAUAAAGGACUUCUAAAAUCACAUGGCAACAAGAAUUCGAAGGAGGAUCAUUACAGAUCUAAGUGCUCUUCAUUCGGCUUUGAAAAAAUAGACUUUGUUGUGGCAUUUCCUAAAGAUAAGAACUGGGAUUUUCAUUGGGUUCUUGCGGUAGUUGUGUUGAAAGAGAGGUUGAUACGUGUGUAUGAUUCAUUGCCUAGACGAAGAAGUAGAAACCCUUCCCAAGAGAUCCAAAAGAUAGCAGCAAUGCUACCAACAUACCUGCAAGACAGUGGUUUCUUUGACAACAACGAACGUACUGAUUGGUCGUCUCUUGAUUCAUACAAGGACAAAUCAACCGGUAACAUGCUUGAACCACAUCACUCAUUUGCAGUUGAGGAUUGUGGAGUUUUCUUGGCCAUGUUUGCUGAAUAUCUUAGUGAUGGAAUUUCUAUUCCAAAUAUCGGACUAAACGCUGAAUUCUUUCGUUCAAGAUAUGCCACACUCUUAUGGAAAUAUGGUUGUCAGAAGGCCAUGGAUGGUUAUGUUAGCGAUAAUGACGAUCCAAAAAAACCUAGGAGAGACAUCUCUCCAAACCAAGGAGAACUGAUUGAUGUCUAA